ACAAGUAAAAAAUAAGCAAAAGUCUGGUGUUGCGAAGAAAAUUAUGAUAUACAAAUUAAAAUUUACUUUCUAAUAUAUAUAGGAUUUUGUUUUGUAGGUUUAAGAAGUGAGGAGACUAACGCAUAGCUUUUGAACGCUGUAACAUGUAAAAAUAUGCAUUUCAAGAUGUCGUAAUUAAGUAGGAUAUGGAUGCUGCAUCAGAACUUAAAAUUAAUCCGACAACAAAAAAUUUAAUAACAUUGUAAAAUAGAUUUGUAUAAUAAUCAACACUUCAUAUACCUACAUCAUAUAUCUUAAAUCACGUCAGUGCACAAUAACAAAAACUAUCAUAAAAAACAUAAUAAAGCAUAAUAAUUUCUGUAAAAAAAUACAUAAAAAUAAAGAAAAAAAUGACCGAGAAAGAAAUGCAAGCACACGAUUUCGUGCGGCGGCGUAACUGGUCGCGUGCCGUUUCGCUCUACGACCAAAUUUUAGCGCAAAUCUCGGCAGCUGCUGCCGCCGCCACAAUCGCCUCCGCCAAUGGCAACAACACCGCGGGUAGUAACAAUAAUGCAGCAUUGGCGCGUUCUCAAAAAGAUCGGCAAAUUGCCUGUCUAUUGGGCCGUUGCGAAUGCAUGCUAGAGCUGAACCGCUAUGAGCAGUGCCUCUCUGAUGCGCGCAAAGUGCUGGCACUGCUUGCUGAUCAGUCGGCGGAUUGCUUGGCAAGUGUAUCACGUGCGCGCCGUUGGCUCGUACAUGCGCUAUGCAAGCUGAAAAAAUACAAUGAAGCUGAGCAACUGCUGCGCGAGUGGAUCGGCGAAUUGAGCGGCCAACAAAGUUUUUUAGAUAUUUCCAAAACACUGGAACGAUACAAAUCGAUCAUUCAAAUGAUUAACGGGCACAAGUCCACACAGAAGAUCUCACAAUCGCGUCUUGAAGACGAAAUGUCCAUAUUGGAUACAAAACUUGAUCAUUGGGCUACUAAUAAUCUGCCUUUGGACAAGUAUAGCAAGUUGCUGAGUAACAAAGGACUGAAGAAGACGCGUGAGGGUGGCAGCGAACGCGGUGGCGGUGAUGGUCGUGGUAACGGUGGCAAUAACUCUAAUAAUAUUGGAGGCCCUGGUCAACAUAAUGGCUCUCUAGGUAGCGGUGGUGGCAGCAGUAGUAUAAGUAGUAGUAGCAGUAGUGGAAGUGGCAGUUCUACAACGAUACUGCAAAAGACAACCGAUCUGUUGGCCGCGAUAAAAGUGACUGGCGGCAAGCAUGGCAUACCAAAUAUAGGUGUAGCCGCCGAAGAGAAUGACAAUGCCACUUACUGUUCCUACUGUGCUAUUAGUUUUGAAACACGUAAUGAAUUGCGGCAACAUUGCCAAACUGAACGCCAUCAGAAUGUCAUCAUGUCGUACGAGGGACGCGAUUGGAAGUGGAGGCCACCACCUCGCGGCUACACAUUGGAUUCAUACAGCUUGUGCGAGGCGUACCAAGAAUCACAGACGUGCCAUUAUGGCAAUCAAUGUGUUGAAGCGCACGGACAGGACGAACUAAAUGAGUGGAAAGAACGCUUCGAGUAUAGGCGUAUGCGUCUGCAGAAAGCCAGUGAAAAGGAGCUCUAUGGCAAGUCGUAUACAGAACAAAUAUUAGACCGGUGGAUACAAGCUACGGCACCCGAGCGCAUAAUGUGUGAGAAAGUAGAUGGCGUGGAAGUACGUUGCGAACAAGAAUUGGUAACGAGCAUCAGUUCGAAAAGCUCGAAACGUGAAUGGAUUUUUGUGUUGAAGUCAUCUCGCGUAUUGCGGGCCGUUGCAUUGUUGCAAGAUGCACAUCGCAAUCAUUUCGCCAUCACAGGCAUUAAAGUGGACAGUGCGGCGACUAUUUUCGAUCUAAAAUCUAAUCAAGAAUGGGUAUCUGCAACUCAUAAGGUGUCGCCAGGUGGAAAAGAUUCAAUGAAACCAGGAGGAGAGUUCAACGAUACAACGCUGUCGGGGCAUAUCAAUGCGACAACUGAUGUGCAAACCUCAAUGCUGGAACACAAAGUGACUAUAGAAUUCCACACAGAUAUCUAUGGUACUUUUCGCCAAACGGUAUGCUUUGACUUGGGCACCGAGCCAUUGCUUGUGCAACAACUUUGUGUCGAUGUAGUACCCGUUGGUGAUGCCGAGCGGAUUGAGGAGAUAAAACGCGACAUCAUCAACAGUUCGGUAACACGUUGGGAUAUAUCCAAUACGAAUUUAGUAAAAUUCGAGACCACCAUUGGUACACAUCUGAAGACUGAAGCCUAUUUGAAUGAUCUGAAGCACGAAAAAGAGAUGCUCGAACGGUAUCCUUGCCCACGCGCGCAAACAUUCACGUUGACGCAGUCUACUAUUGUUGAGAAGCGUCUCACUCAGCAUAACUAUCGAUCUCGCAUACAUGAAUUACUGUAUGUGGAAGAGAUUGCACGUUACGAGCAAAUUGCGCGCUACAACGUGCGCACAAAACUGACUGUGACAUCCAAUUAUAUACUGACGCCAGCGGGCAUGGCCACUAGCACAGCUAAAUUUUCACUUACGGGUGAAUUAUUUGCAUUAAUGCGGCUGGGUAAAGACAUUUCGGAAGAUACAUCAGCUGGACGUUUGAUACUGUCAAAUUGCUCUAGCGUUUAUAUAAGUGCUCCCGAAGAACUGCACGUACUAAAGGAUCGGAAACGCAAUGUUUAUGAGGCCACCAUCGAAGAUAAGGGCAAGAAUGUGAUCUAUCUAAAACUAUCCGCCAAAUGUGUGGAUGGCAUGAAUUUGAAGGCUGACACCGAAAUCGAAGUAGACAUACAAUUUCAACUGAAUCGCUUGCCGUACUGUGAAUGGCACAAUGCAGUUGAUAAAAUAACUGAUUUCAAGAUAAUAUUUCCUGCCACAGAAAUUGAACCGAACAUACCGUGGACACCAAAAAAGCAGUGGUCGGAUGCUUGUGAGCCAAAGUUAAAUGCGAAACAACGCGAGGCCGUUAAUGCCAUCACUACAUCUCUAAGCAUUAAACUGCCGCCCAUUUUACUGAUCGGUCCAUUUGGCACUGGUAAAACAUAUACGCUUGCGCAAGCGAUAAAGCAGCUUUUAACGCAACCUGAAGCAAAGAUUUUAAUAUGUACGCACUCGAAUUCAGCGGCUGACUUGUAUAUUAAAGAAUAUUUGCAUCCGUGGAUUGAACAGGGCUUAGAGGAGGCAACACCUUUGCGUGUGUACUACCACAAACGUUGGGUUGCUACCGUAAACAGCGUGGUGCAGAAGUACUGCAUAACGGACGGCGCCGGUAAUUUUCGUCGGCCCUCUGUGGAGGAUAUCAAAAAACAUCGAAUAGUUGUAGUAACUCUCAGUAUAUCCAUGGAACUUGCCAAUCUCGGCCUACCCAAAGGCUACUUCACACACAUCUUUCUCGACGAAGCCGCACAGGCUAUGGAAUGCGAGGCCAUCAUGCCUUUAGCGCUGGCUAACGACAGCACACGCAUUGUCUUGGCCGGUGAUCACAUGCAAAUGAGCCCUGAACUAUUCUCUGCCUUUGCAAAGGAGCGCAAGCUGCAUAUUUCGCUGCUCGAACGUCUAUACGAUCAUUAUCCCUCAAAUUUUCCAUGCAAAAUAUUGCUUUGUGAGAACUAUCGCGCCCAUGAAGCCAUUAUUAAAUUUACAUCUGAACUGUUUUACGAACAAAAACUAAUCGCUUCCGGCAAGCAACCACGUCACGAGCGUUUCUAUCCGCUGACGUUUUUCACCACGCGGGGUGAAGAUGUCCAGGAUAAGAAUUCAACAGCAUUUUACAACAACGCUGAGGUGUAUGAGGUAGUAGAACGCGUGUCGGAGCUUCGUCGCAAAUGGCCCAUCGCUUGGGGUAAGGUAAACGAUGCCAGCAUCGGUAUAAUGACGCCCUACGCCGACCAGGUGUUUCGCAUACGUUCAGAGCUGCGCAAGCGCCGCAUGGGCGGCAUAUCUGUGGAACGAGUACUCAACGUGCAGGGCAAACAAUUUCGCGCUGUCUUCCUUUCUACUGUGCGUACGCGCGCCACUUGCUUGCCGCAAAUGAUGAACGCCCUUGUCGGACCUGCCGGCAUGCAUCCAGGCAUGGGCGGCGGUCCCAUGAGCGCGCUGGGUAGCGUGCCUGCAGAAGAUACGGACUUCGGUUUCCUAAGCAACUCCAAGCUGCUAAAUACUGCGAUUACACGCGCACAGAGUUUGGUCGCUGUGGUUGGCGAUCCAGUGGCGCUCUGUUCGAUCGGGCGCUGUCGCAAGGUAUGGGAGCGAUUUAUCGAAAUAUGUGACGAGAACAAAUCGUUAUUUGGCAUCACGUGGUCGUACUUGCGCUCGCAAUUGGACGGUGUAGAAUUGAAGCGCGGUUAUGUGUUGAAUCCGCUAGCGCCCGAAUUUAUACCGCGCGCCAUGCAACCUGAAGCGUAUUUGCGCGAUCAAACAGCCAUGUACUUGAUGGGUGCUGCGGCUGCUAACGCUAGCAAUCAUCACGGUGCACCACAUCCCGGAGCGGGUCCCCAUCAUCCAGGAGGUCCAUUGCCGCCACACGCUGCCGGUAUGUUGGCCGCUGCGGCUGCGGCAGGCGCUGGCGGCGGCCCAGGUGGUACGCAAAUGCAACCGCAUCACGCCGCCAUGGCCGCCGCCGCCAACCAUCAACAACAAAUGCAAAUGCAGAUGUACGCGCAGCAUCCUGCCGCUGCAGCAGCCUACAACGCAGCCGCAGCCGCGGCAGUCAUGAUGAAUCAGAGCAUGGCCGCUGGAAAAGGUGGUGCUAGUGGACAUCAUUUCCCUGGCCCCGGACACGGACCGAACCACAUGAAUAUGCGCGCGAUGGGACCACAUCAGCCAGGUGGCCCUCAGCAACAACCAGGGCCGCCGCCUUCGGGACCGCUGGGACAGCAGUAUAAUAUGCGUGGGCCCCCGCCGCCACCAUCUGCCGUGCAUUUACCACAACCGCCACCACCCGGUACCACUGGUCCGCCGUCACAAUUCGCCGCACAGUACAUGCCGUGGCAACAAGCACAACAACUUCGUGGUGGCCCACCAGGCAGCGGUGGUACAGGAGGUAACUAUCCACCACCGGGUGCACAGCAGCAAGGACCUCCACAAUCACAAAAUCCGAACGCUAGUCUGUGGGGACCGCCACCGCAGUCGAAUCCGUGGAGCGCGCUGCCUAACAAGCAAGCACAGAUGCCGCCACAACCGCCGCCAAACAGUAUUGGUGCCGGCGGAGGAGCACGUCAAAUGGGGCCACCGCCACCUAAUUCACAGCAACAACAGCAGUCGGGCGCGGGAAUGCGUGGCGGUAGCGUGCCACUACAACCACCACCGCCUAACGCGCAACAGCUACGGGCCAACUCGAAUGACAUGGGUUAUUUGACGAAGAAGGGUUAUGGGCCGCAUGGCGCACCGAUUGGACCACAGCAGCAGCCGCCACCACCGCAUGGCUCUUUUGGAGCGUACGUUGGUGGCAACGCGCCACCUCCACCGCCCAGCCAAUUACAAUUGUUGAAUCAACGCAAUUUGGGCGGAGGCAUGCCAAAUGGGCCCAUAAGUCCACUUGAUCCAUAUAUGCAGCGAGGACAGGGAGGGGGCAGCGCUCAGGCCGGUGCACCGCAAUCAUCAACAAACUUCUUUGGUGGAGCUGGCGGUGUGAAUAACAUCUCUGCUCUGGGUAAGGAUAGCAAAGACUUCCAGUUUCUUAACAAUGUGCAUAUGCCGCAACUGAAUUUAGGCGGCAGCGGCGGUGGCGGCAGCAGUGCUGGCGCCAAUAAUCUUUUCCAACCUCCGGGCGCUUUGCAGCCACCGGCGCCAGGCAACAACAAACAGCAAUCGCCUUCAGCGCCGCGCUUCCCCCAACCGCAGGAGUAUGCAGCGCUACUGCCACCAAAUAUGAGCAUAUAUGACAUGGCAUUCGAGCCGAAGGAAUCGCAAUACAAGUGGUGCCUCAAGUUGCUCGAAACACACGGCCAAGAAGCGGUCAACAAAUUCACCGAGGGUCUGGGACAAGUCUUGAAUAUGCUCAACCAACAACAACAGCAACAACAGCAUGCCCAACAACUAAACGCACGUGGCCCACAAAUGCAGCCACCACCACCGCCGCCACAUCUGAAUGUCAACCAACUAUUGCCGCGGGACCUAAUGCAGCAAUAUAUGCUGCCCGCUUUGAUGGGGGGUGGCAAUAGCGGUGUGGGACCGCAGCCACCUAUGCAACAGCAGCAACAACAACAACAUCAGCAGCAGCAACGCAACAGCCUAAUAGGUAGCGGCAUGCAUCACACAUACCCCAUGAACCCGUUGGCGGCCGCUGCUUUGAGCAACCAGCAAGGACCACAACAGCAGCCACCGCCGCCACCUUCUUUACUUCCGCCGCCCACAGACGAGACACCGCCUCUGGAUGGCAUAAAUUUCAAUCAGCAAAUUGAUUUGGCCUUUAACACACUGUUGAAUGGGAACAACGCACAGCCAAUAUUGCGCAAUCUCUUCAGCAACACUAGCAGUCGCGGUACAAACGCCAACAGUCUAAUGAAUGGUGGUGAUUUUCUGCUACCGUCCAGCACGUCGACAUCUUCAUUGGUCAGCACCAGCACUUCGGCAUCUGGCGGUGGAUUGAGUGGCGGUCUUGAGCCGCCUGCACAGCAACAGCAAAUGAAGCUGUUCCCUGGCUUAGGUGGUGGCGGCGGCGGCAGCGGCGUUGGUGAUUUGGGCGGUGGAAACAUUUUGGUUUCGGCAUUACAGCAGCCGUUGUUAAACAGCAUGCAAAAGGGGCCGUUGUUUGCGCCCAUGCCACAUCAGCAGCAGCAACAACAACAGCACAUGCAUAGCCAGCCGCCGACACAGCAACAACAGCCCCCAGUUGGUGGUAGUUUCUUGGGAGGAAAUUCCUUGUUAAAUAGCAAAGACUACUUGCUGGGCGGCGAUGACAGCCUAUUGAGUGGUGGCUCAAGUGUGCCACUGUACCGACGUCAGGCAAUGGGCAACGGCAGUUUGAACAACACUUUGAGUAACAGCAUUAGUAUGAGUGGCAACAGCGCUGGCGGGAAUAGUCACAGCCACAGCCACAACAGCAAUCACAGCAACUACAAUAGUGUGAGUGGCCACAGUGGCACAGGUGGUGGAAGCAAUGUAAGCGGCCAUCUUUUGCCACCACCUGACAACAUACUUACCGGAGGCACUACUGACAUACUGGCCGGGUUGAAUACAAGUGCAAGCAAUCUGAUCGAAGCGCUAUUCCAAACAAACUCCACAACAAGUUCUGCCCCCAGCUCGGUAUCGAAUAACACAAUUACAACGACAACUGGGCUAGAGCAGCAGCAACAACAACAGCAGCAGCAAUCAAGCGGAGGCAGCAACAGCAGCUCAUUUCAGAAGAUGUUUAACAGCUAUGACAUUUACGGCUCGUCCGCAGCGACGGCGAAAAAAUAUGAAUUGGAUUUGUUCAUGCGCGAUCAUCAAUUGGGAGUUGGUGCAGGUGGUAGCGGUGGCAGUGGCGUUGGCGGAGUCGGCACUGGUGGCAAUGUUAGCGGUGGUAAUAGUGGCGGUGGUGAUGCACCACUUACCAAUAAUCAUCACACGCAUUACCACAAUAACAAUGCCGAUAAUCGCAAUAGCACCACUUAUGCAGCAGUGCUAAGCCAGGGUCAACAUCACCAACAACAGCAACAGCAGCAACAACAUCAUCAGCAACAGCACCAUCAUCAGCAGCAGCAGCAACAACAGCAUCACGCAGUACAGCAACAACAACAUCACAACAAUUUCCAUCAUCAUCAUCCAUCACAUCAAGCUGAACCGCCCACUAGUGGCGUGUCAUCUGCCGCGUCUGGUGGUGGUGGUGUGGCUGCCGGCAGUGGUGGAAACGCUGGCAGUGGCGGUGGUGGCAUUGAAGUAGAAAAGGACCUCUUUGCAGCCAUACGCGAACUAGGUCAAGGCACGAAUGGAUUCUAUAAUUAUUUUCAAUAAGUCGACAUUUGCGGCUAGCUGUUGCUGAACCGUUCCGCCGAGUUUAUAUUUUCAUAUUUUCUCUGGUAAUAGCGAUGAUUUGUUGAAUUGUUGCGUACAAGUUCAACACUGCUUCGUUUAUAUGCCGUAAGCAUAAACGAUAUUCGCUGCACAGCGUCAGCGAUAUAAUGUAUGAGCGUUGAGGGUACGAUGCGCGUUGUGAUGCAAAUGUUUUGCUGGUGCGCAGUCAGUGUGGUGGGUGGUUUAAUUUUUCUUUUAUCACAAUUAAAACAUAUAAAUAUCUCAUUCUUCUCCACCAUUUACAUUAAAAUAAUUUUCCAUUUAGAUAACUUUACCAUUUUGCUUAGUUGCCAACAUAUGUAAGUAAUUUCCAGCUACAGUACAAUAUUCCACCAGUCUUCUCUCAUAUUGUUCCCAAGUUAUAUCUGCUCAUUUUUUAUAUGCAUAACGCACCUUACUCGUCUUCCUUCCAUCUCAGAGCAAUUUCGCUAUUAGUUAUCAUUGUAUAUGUAUUUUUAUUAGUAAUUUUAAGUUUAGUUUAUCGUUUUUCAAUGAAUGCGAGUAUUAAGUUUAUUAUUUAGUUUAAUUGUAAAGCCUAAGGCGAGGAGGGCAUGAAAAAGAGAUUAGAAGUUGCCGUUAUGUUUUUCUUAUUUUUGUUUUCGUGGGAAUCUCACGCGGAGGAAAUGUAUUUAAAAGAAAUAAAAUAAAAAAAAAAUCAAAUUAAAAAUUAUUACUAACCGUGCAUUUCUUUUCAAAAACCCGCAGAUACAUCUACGUAAGGGAACGACUUUUUUUUUUUAAAUACUAGCACUUUUUUGUGCGUAUUGAAACUUCUUUUGCCCCUUUUUCAACUUACCACCAAUCUUUAUGGUGGAGAGCCAUUAUCGACCUCAAUCACUGAAUUGUCUGACUCCUGUGCAUAUUUUGUAAACACGCGCUCGCCGCCCUUAAUAUCUAAUAAUACCUAGUUUGUAGUUUAAAAUAUUGCAUAUUACGUAUAUUAUAUACUUGAAAGAAUAAUAGCAACAAAAAAAAAAGAAAAUGAAAAAAAAAACAGUUGAAUUGUAGCAACGUAUGGAAAUUUUUUAAAGUAGCGCUGAGAGAAUCGAGGUUAGCGGAAGUUGGUCAAUGGCUGAUGAGCUUUUGUACAGCGACAAUUCUCGCUUUGCCCUCUUUUUGU